AAACCAAAACAAAAACUAAAGUUAACUUCUUCUGAAUUAUUAAGCAAAUUAUACGAACAUUAAACUAUUUAAGAGUCCAUCUGAUCCGCUUUGUGGUGUUCGUAUUGUGUCGUCUUAUGGAACGGUGUUUCCCGUACGGCAGUAGGUUAGAUUUUGGCUUCGAUUUGUCGUCAUAUUUGCCAGCAUCUACAGAUUGGAUUGAAUAAACUGGAGUACAACAAAUUCAUGUGAAAUUAGCCGCAAAAGAAACUGGCUGGCUUCAAAAUGAGACACGACGAUCCGGUUUCGGCCGAGCUGGAACAGCCGGAACAACCGUUUCACUUCCCAUACUGUUACAUCUGCAACACGCCCGACUUACAGACCGAAACGGGCAACCUCUGCAUGCUGUUCCAAGCGGAACAAAAUGGAUAUUCGGCGUCGAAGACGCUGACCGAAAUUCUGCAGAUCGACGUCACACCGGAGCUGUGCCAUUCGCAGCUCAUCUGCAUCAACUGCAACCUGCUCUGCGUCGAGUAUCAACAGUUGCUGGAACGGGUGGAGACCAUAAGAAUCCAGAUGACGGUGGCCUAUAAUCAAACCGUCAUGAAACUGGCGGGUCUUACGGAGAAAGUCCUGAAGGACACACCCGUUACCGAUGAGAACCUGGAGCAGGCACUGCAAAGCUUCGAAAAAGGAUUUAUGUCGAUCGAUGAAGUAUUCCAAAUGGAAGGUCUCGUUGCUGAUUCCAUCAUCGAAGAUCCGUCUUCGGAACACAUUGAAGGUGUGCUGCCCAAGCUAACGCUUGAUUGGCAUGCGGCCACUACGGACCAACCCAUCGAUUCGUCCAUUCUGUUAAGUUCAGCUACAAUGGCCGAUGAGCAACCGCAGCUCGAUGAACAACCGCCGCAAGCUAUCGAUCCAGAGCCGGAGCAAACCCUUACCACCGAUCAAAACGUUGUUUCGUCACAUUUGGGGCCGGAUGAAGCGACCCUAAUAGCACCGGACACCGGGGCUCCUGCUGACUGUGAUAUUAGCAACGACGAUAAACUCCAUUCGCUGAUUGCGGAUAGAAUCGUUGAAGUGAAGGCAGAUGAUGGUACGGUUAUGUAUUGUGUCUACGAGAAUGUAAUAGAAUCGUACAGUGACCAAGAAGAAGCCCCACCGGAAGUGAUGAUGGACGGCAAUGACGGUGUUGAUGCUGUGACUAACGAUGACGAUGAUGAUGCGGUUGAAUACGAUGAAGUGAUAGUAGAGAGUUCAGAACCUGCUGUGACGGAACAUACGCCCGGGGUGCCACCACCAACGUCGUCCUUUUUAGAUGAAAUUCAAGAGCAACCGGCAUCAACCGGAAACAACGAGACAAACGAACUUGCCAUCACGCAACCGCUCUUUUUUAAGGUGGAAGACCUGUACUACUGUACGGCCUGCAGCACGCAGGGCAAGAUGAAAGGGGACCACGUGAAGGGCAUCGCCCAUCACCUGAAGGUGGAACACGGCGAGAAGAUACUCGUGUGCGAACGGUGCGAUGAGGUGUUCCGAAGCCGGUCGACCUACAACAAGCACAUGGAUCAGCAUAUGGCCGACGACUGUGGAGGGGAUUUCAGCUGUGAUAUCUGCGCCACCAAGUUCUACUCUGUGCGAGCGUUACGCAUCCAUCACAAAAACCACGUACCGGCCUCCAAGCUGUGGUCCUGCGAUCUCUGCGACAAGAAGUACGUCACGAAGAGCCUCCUGGAGGUGCACAUGAACACGCACACGGGGGAGCGACCGUACCAGUGCACCGUUUGCUCCAAGGAUUUCUCCUCCAAGUACGUGCUGGCAGUGCACAUGAAGACCCACAGCGAACGUGAACGCAACUUUGUCUGCACGGUGUGUAAUGCUUCGUUCUUCAAGCGCAACAAUCUGAUGCAGCACGAGCGUAUCCAUCUCGGUUUGAAGGAGUACAUGUGUCGCGAUUGCGGCAAACAGUUCCUAUCGCAGCAUAAUCUCAAUGUGCACCGUAUCAUCCAUGCUGGCCAUAAACCAUUCUCCUGUCGGACGUGCGGUAAAGCGUUCGCCCGGAAAGCCGAAUUGAUCGAUCAUGAGCGGAUACACACGGGUGAGAAACCGUUCGCCUGCGAUAUCUGUGAUGCCCGUUUUGCACAGCGGUCAAACCUGCACUCGCACCGGAGGGUUACGCAUAUGAAUGAUAAGCGGUUCAAGUGUGAGAUAUGCGGUGCUUGCUUCAAGCGACGCCGAUUGCUGGUGUAUCACGAGCGAUCGAUGCACACUGGCGAGCGGCCGUACAAGUGCGAUCAGUGCAAAGCUACCUUCGCGUAUCCGGAGCACUUCCAGAAGCACAAACGCAUCCAUAACGGCACAAAACCAUUCUCCUGCGAGGUCUGUAACAAAUCGUUCAACACCCGGGACAACCGAAAUGCGCACCGGUACGUGCACAGUGACAAGAAACCGUUCGAGUGCGUCACUUGCGGUGCCGGGUUCAUGCGCAAGUCGCACUUGUACGGACAUAUGCAAAAGUUCGGUCACCUAAACGAUACCAUCAUCGUCAACCAACCACACAUCAAGCCAAACGAUACGCUGGACUUUACCCACGAAUCCAUCACCUUCGCAACCGCCGAUGCACCUGCAGGUGAAGAUACGGGUGAACCCACGGAACCGGGAGCGGCGGUGGACAGCGGCAGCGAAAGUGUGGCCGGCCAACACUCGCGGCAAAUCAUCAUCGAAGGGGAAGAGGAGACGGAAGAAACAAUCGAUGACAUCAUCGAAACGGAUGAGUACUACAUCGAGCAGGAGGACGAUGAAGUGGAAGGUAUACUCGAGGAUACAAGCAACAGUACUUCGGUUCCCAUCGCUGAUCUACAAAUGGUGCAAAGCGGCAUUGACGAUGACAGUGCCAUCGAGUAGAAGGUUUACCGUUUUCAUUUGCGCCAAUAGUUCGUGUAAUGGCGCUUUUGUAAAUAAAGUUAACAGUAAGGUUCCACUUUUUACACGGACCGGGUUCAUUCUCUUUCACAUCCAGCCAACAGUCUUCCGAGAGUUUCCGCGUUCAUC